UUAGGGUUUUGUUUCUCCUCGACUAGGGUUUGUACGACGUUUCCUCUCCUUAUUUUGUAUGGACGUUCUUGUGAGGGUGUUCCUCGCCGGCGAGCUCUGUUCUUGUUUUCGUUCUGCAGAGGUUUUCUUCUGCUCUCAAGAUGGUGUUAGAGUCUGUUGACACGUGAGAUGUACGUUUAGGUGAACGUACGUGCAGAGGAAAAUGAAAUGAAACCAAAUGUAUCAAGAGUAAUUUUGUAAAAAGACAGGAGAUCUAUGUUCAUAACAAUUAAUCUUUUACGUAACUAACCUUCAGAUGCUUUUUCUCGUUUCAUUAUUGGCAUAAGUCGUGGAAAGAAGAUCUCGACUCUCGACUCUCGACACUCAGUAGGCGUAUGUUAUACUUCAACCCAGACCGCGUACGUUAGUGAUUGGACUUUACUAAACCAUCAUCUGAUAAAUGAAAGAACAGAUCCGCUUGUCGUCGUUCGAUUAACGCCUUUCCUUGCGAGGUCCUUGGAGCUGUCUCUUUUUCGUCUCAGAAGGCAAGAGUAGUAAGAACGUUGGUUUAGUUUGAUAUUCCACCAGCAUUCACAAUGGCUGAUGAGGAACCCGUUGAUCAGAAGAAAUAUCUUGAAGACUCUUGCAAGCCAAAGUGUGUGAAACCUCUUCUUGAGUAUCAGGCUUGUAUUAAGAGGAUCCAAGGUGAUGAAACUGGUCACAAACACUGUACAGGGCAAUACUUCGAUUACUGGUCUUGUGUUGAUGCAUGUGUUGCACCGAAACUGUUUCCAGGACUGAAAUGAAGAUGAUGUUUCGUAGGAAUAGCUGCUUGCUUUUCCUGUCCACUCCAUUUCGCUUGCCAACCUCAAUAACUGCUUCCAAAGGACUAGCCAUGUUUGUAUGGUACUGCUUACAAUUUUUUUGAACAGAAACCUCGAGUUUAGACAAAUAAAAGAGGGUGUUAAGAGUUGGCCAGUUUGAUGUUGGUUUAUGCAUUUGUCGUGUGGCUGGAUGUUUUGUAUGGUAGUAGCUAUGUAGAGAAAAAUGAAUGCUGGAAUAAAGUAAAUGUAACAUUCACAAAGGUUGGUGAA